UAAAAAAAAUGAUAAUUAUUUUAUUCAAAUAAAGUCUUAUUUUUUUUUUGGAGUUACACCAGCAUUUAAACGUACGAAGAAAUAAACAAUGAACACGUGUUUAUUUAGAAAACAACGCUUAUAUAUACUAAUUUAUCAGCUUGUUUAAUUUAUUUAUUAUUUAUCCGAUCAAUAAUUAUAAAUUAAAUUAAUCAUUUAUUAAAAUACAAACUGCGGUAAUUUAUUACACAAAAAAAAGACACUUGAAUAUUAAUUUUAUUUAUAAAAUAAAUAGUAUUUAUAAUAACCACUGAUCACAAUUUAAAAUAAAUAUUUAAAUGAUAACAAAAUAAUAAAUUUAAAAACUUGAAGAUAAAUUAAUGAGUAUUGUAAAAUAAAUGUACAGUAUGCACAUGAACUUAUGACCGGUGCAGGAAUUAGAGAACUGAAGACCCUCAGCGUUUGGGUUCUGGUUAUGGACUGCAACGGGUUGUAGUUUGUUUCAACUUUCCCCCCUUCUUUUAUCACCCUAUUCAUUGUCAUGGGUUUUUCGUCGUACUUCUUUUAGCGAGUUUAAGAAGGCUGUUGUGACGUCGUUGGUAUUGCCACGAGUUUAAAAAUACUUUUCGUAUAUCUAUUUAUUUUAAAAAAUUUUAUUUAAGUUUAUAUAUUAAAUAUAAAAUAAAAAAAAAUUGUUUAAGAUUUAAUUUCCACUUGAUAGUUUUUUUUCUUUAAAUUAACGUUAUCUUCAUAGUAAAUAGAUAUCUUAAUGCCUGCAGAAAAAUAUCGGCUGUAUGCAAGUAUAUCAUUUGCAUUUUUAUUACUGGGAAUUGGAGUUCCUUUAUGGUGGCAUACGACAGCAGUACCACGUGUUACUCUCCCAUACUCCGGAAUAGCAGAAUUAUCAAAUUUGAAUAUUAAAAUCCGCGGUAAUAUUUUAGUCGCAACAAGAUCUGAACAACGCGCGCAAUUUAUAACAAACCAAAUUAAAACGGCAUUUGAAAAUUCAACAUUGUACAGCCUCAAAGUGUCAUUUGAAGUAAUUUCAAAGAAUCUUGUAAAUUCUGCCUUCACGCAGCAUGACCAUGAAAAAAUCGCGCGUACAUUUGACAUUGGAAUCGGUGAUUUAUUAUUUCUCGAAGCGCCGAAUUUAAAUGAAAUAAUUGUUGGCCAUCAUCGAGCUAUUUUUUUUCCCCCGCAAACAGAUGGAUCUAAACUGGUACACAUACUGUCCCACAUGAUUCUUAGAGACGAAUCAUUGAUUCUAACAAGAAACGCAAUGACCGAUCCAACAAAAUACAGUUUAGAUGAAGAAAAUCGUCGCAGAUUUCCACCAAGUUCAACUUACGACAUAUUGCUUACGGUUGUCAAUCCAGAUCCUGAUAAACUAUCAAUUAAAUGGAACUUGUCAAAUAUAACUAGAGAUUAUCUGGAGCCUUUCUUAGACCAACUGUCAGUCAUAGCAAAUUUUUCCGUUAAAUCACAAUGGCUGUACUUAGUGCCACUGGAUAUAACACCGAAACAAAUUCCUGAUAGUAGUGAACUUGGAAGACAUUAUGCUUUAUCUGAAAGUAUUUUACCACAAUUGAUAACGCCGCUAGAAAAAAAAUUAGCUUCACAAGUGAGUUUGCAUCCUUGUAUAAAUCUUGUUAUGUACACAGUUCCUUGUGAUCAAUCGCCACUGUAUAUUUAUACUAAAAGCGGGCAUAAAUCCAACUCUGUAAAUAAUGUCAAAGCUUUUUUAUCUCCGCGAUGGGGUGGUGUUGUUAUUUCAAACUCACCAACUGAUGUUUGCAAACAAGUACUUGAAAAAAAUGAUGACAAACCUGUUGAAGUUGUUCCGAAUGCCGUUACAGUAAUGGGCGUCUUUUUAUCACAGCUGAGACUCCUGUUGGGAAUUCCCGAGCCUAAUUAUAAAAUCUCUGGUGUGACGGUCACACCCACACCUGGAGAAUCAAUUCUCCGAGAUUGGGAAUUCGACGCACUUUUACGUGUCCGUGCUAUCGAACAACUGACUUCAGCAAAACUGACUCUACAAUCGUUGGCGCAACUUCUUGAGGAAAUUAGUAAUAUUGUUAUUACUGAAACUGUCGGAAAUAGAAUUAAGUCAGCCCUUGACCUAAUUCAUCAGUCAGCGGAAAAACUCCUCGAUGGAGAACUAAUGGAAGGUUUUUCUUUAAGCAAAGAAUCGUUUGUCACCGCGGAAAUGGCUUUUACAGAUCCGUCGUUAUUAGCACUUUUAUAUUUUCCUGAUGAUCAAAAGUACGCAGUAUAUAUUCCAUUAUUUCUACCAGUAAUGAUUCCAGUAUUAUUAUCAUUGAAAAAUAUAAGCCGGUAUUUUUUAAAUAAAAACAAUUCUUAAUAUACUAGAUGAUUACUUUAUCAUUUAAUAAAUUUAUUUAUGGUAAGUUUUUUCACAUUUUUGUAAUUGAAAAAAAUAUAAAUAAAUAAUAUAUACUUAAAAUUAAUAUUUUAUAAAAUUCAUUCGGGAAAUAAUAAAAACUAUAAUAAUAAUAAUAAUCAAAUUAUCUUAAUAUUUGUAAAGAUUUACUUGUCAUUAGUUAUGAAAUUUUUUAAAAUAAUUAAAAUAUUUUUUACUAUCCGAUAAAUUCAAAUUAAAUUUUUUUUUUUUAAUUUUAUGAGAUUAUUUUUUUUCAGACAAAAAUUAACGCGACAGGUUUUAUUAUAUUUAAAUUUUAAUUUACUCAAGUAAAUUCGGUUUUUCUUUUAUAGAUCUAUAAAUUACGAUAAAUAAUUUUUUGAUCGUUAACUUAACGGAUAUAUUGUCUUUUUGUCGGUUAAUAAUUAAGUAUCCAAUAACUGCACAACAGUAGUUAUCUUAUCUCAUCAUUAAGAUUUAAAAAAAAAAAAAAUGUUACCUUAAAAAUAAUAAAAUAAAAAAAAUUUAAUUAACUAACAAGACAUUUAAAAAUAAUUUUUACAAAAUAAAUGAUAAACAAUGGCGUUGUCUCAAAUGAAUAAAAGUUACAAUGAUAAUGAUAAAAAUGACAUAAUAACAAUAAUAAUAAUAAUGAUGAUAAUAAUAAUAGUAUUAAUAAUAUUACAUUAAUAUUAAAGCUCAAAAUUUAUCAUAAAUCAUUUUCACGAAUGUGUAGUAAGUACACAGUCAUUAUCGGAUUCUCACGAUUAUUAUUACAAUAAUAAUAAUAAUAGAUUAACAGAAUAGUAAUUAAGUAAAAAUAUAAAAAUUAAUAACGACAGAUGAAAUGAAUCCUUAGCGGGUCAGUUAAAAAAUAUCCGACUCAGAGAUAAAGGAACACGACAGAAGCGCGGAUGAAUUAUGAAUCGAAUAAAAAUAAAUUAGUCAAUUGUAUGAGUGCACCUAAAUUGUUACAGCAAAGUAAAAAUAAUUUUUAAAAAAAUAUCGAUUAGAAAUCAAAUUAAUAAUAAUUAUUAUUAU